UCCCCUGCAGUCCGGCGGUCCGAGCAACAAAAGCGCCCCGGCCCAUCACGCAACUCGCAGCAGCGGCUCCUAUAAAUACAGCAGCUACCACUCGGACUCAAGACUCAGACACAGCAGCAGCCAGCAGGAACACAGAGAUCAUAUCAUCGGCCGGGGCAGCACGUUCACGUUGACCGCCAGAGCUCAAACACAACAGCCGUCAGCCAGAAAUCAUCAGGAGGUGGUGACCGCUGAGGAGAGUUCAUUCAGGCCGUGCAAGAGCUGAGGGAAAAAUAAAACAUCGAUCCAUCCUUCCCAUCGGUCGGCCAAUCAUGAUUCUGGGCUUGGGAGGAUGCUGCGGCGCUGCGGCCGUCGCCGCCGCCGUAUCGGCUUCUGCCGUCGGUAAGGAAUCAGGAGGUCAUCUAGAAGCUGACAAGCGGCAGCAGAAGCAGGGGGCAGGUGAGGAGAAGAUGAACAAGGGAGGCGACCAGGGAGCAGCAGCAGCGGGCGGCAAGGAGAGGAGCAAGAGAAGGGAUCAUCACAAGGCUCCCCCGAUCGUUGUGCAUCAGUUCCCCUUCCACUCUCGCCCCGGCUUGCUCUGAAUUCCUCUACUUCUCUUGGUGUGAGUGUGUGUGAGUAGUCUGUGAUCCUGUAAUUAUUCAGGUUCUCGUGUGUCGUCCAUUGAGAUAUACUUAUAUACUAUAUAAGAAACAAUCCAUUUCCCAACA